AUGGAAAAUGAUCAUGAGGAUGAAGUAACCGCAGUAAUGGAUGAUGGAUUAAGUAACCGGAGUAAUGGAGGAUGGUCAAUAGGAUUAAGUAACCAGAGUAAUGGAGGAUGGUCAAUAGGAAAUGGAGGACGGUCAAUAGGAUUAAGUAACCAGAGUAAUGGAGGAUGGUCAAUAGGAUUAAGUAACCAGAGUAAUGGAGGAUGGUCAAUAGGAUUAAGAUUAAGUAACCAGAGUAAUGGAGAAUGGUCGAUAGGAUUAUGUAACCAGAGUAAUGGAGGAUUGUCAAUAGGAUUAAGUAACCAAAGUAAUAGAGAAUGGUCAAUAGGAUUAAGUAACCAGAGAUUAAGUAACCAGAGUAAUGGAGAAUGGUCGAUAGGAUUAAGUAACCAGAGUAAUGGAGGAUGGACGAUAGGAUUAAGUAACCGGAGUAAUGGAGGAUGGACGAUAGAAUCAAGUAACCGGAGUAAUGUAGAAUGGUCAAUAGGAUGA